GGCUUAGGCCAAGAUAGCUCUACUUACCUUGACCUUCAGAGUUAUGCACCUGUCAGGGUCAGCACAAUACGCGAUUCUUUAAAGCGAGCAGGUUUUGCGAAUGCAACUCUUGGUGCCCUAAAAUUACUACCAUGUCCACUUGGUACUUUUGUAAAUGCAAGUCGUCUAGAAUGCGUCGAAUGUCCUGCAGGUAAAAUAUACGUUUUGUUGCAUGAUUAUUACUGAAAUUAUACUUGUCCUAUGGGUCACGGAUGAUUAAUUCAAAUCACAAAAAGGUUUACUUGCCUUUGAAUUGCUCGAGAAGAAUGUCAACAAGAUGGCUGGAUAUUAAUUGGCCUUGUUCUUUCUUUCUGGCGUUUUGCUGACUUCGACAAUAGAGAGGUUAAGCAUCACGUUUACGUCAAAAGGUAAACGCGAAUUUGUACCACGUAACCAAGUUUCCCCUUUACUUGUCGUUUACUUUUCAUUAUUUCUAUUCAUAAAUUCAUAGUUUCACGCAAUGUUUUGUACAUAAGAAUUGUUUCGAGCUGUUUUUAUCUCCUUGUUUUCUAUUUUGAGAAAUUCUCGACUUGAAUCUGACGUUUGCCGUUUGCCGUAUACGUUGCCAGUAUCCAGCCAGCCACAUUUAUUGGAUUCUUAAAUUACUAUAAUACGACCAGAUGAUAGUUUUUCUUCUUAUGCCAUGCAAUAGUAAAGUCCGUCCACAGAAACCAAUCAUAUUACGGGAAUUUCACGUUAUUUGUAGGUCAUGAAAUUAAAAAGGAACGUCGGACCAAAAACCAAGGAUUUUGUAACCCUACAAUUUUAACCCGGACAGAUCCAUUUCCAUUUUGUAGAUCCAUUUCAGUCAUAUUGUGGGACUAUAAAAUUAAAAUUAUUGAUAAAUAUGAAAUGUAAAAAAAACACUUUCACUCUCAGUACACUUUCUUAUAGGAGGCUUCUAUUCGGAUACUAAAGCGUUUGUCAAUGACAGCUGCCUCAGAUGUCCAAAUGGAACUUUUGUGCCAUACACUAAGGCACCUGGCAAAAGCGCCCGUGAGUGCAUUGCUUGUCCACAAGGUAAGCAUGUUUUAUAGUCAAACCCAGUCAAACAUAGACCACAUAGUUAAACAUAGACCAGGCAGAUUAUACUGAUAGUAGCAGGGGUAUCAAAUUUACAUAUAUAUAUAUUCUUGCAUGCUCAAUGGGCAGUGAAUUUCGCGCUGCAGAUUAUCAGCAUUCGGUGAGAUCAAGAGAAAUCGUUAUCGAUGGCUCUUGAACAAAAUUCUUUAUCGAACUCAAGAAGAACACAAAAUCUGCUGCAGCAUCUGCUGGUGAUUUUAGUGUUCAUUGCAUGCUAGUAAGAAUAAUAAGAAUCACCACAAGAUUUCAAAAAGUCAAUCAUUAUAUGGCUACAAUAGUACGAGCGUUCUUAUUGGCUGCUUAGCUGGCAUGACCGGAAAUUAUUCCGUAGAAGUCCAAAGCAUAUAUAAUCUGUGUUUAACUUGAUAGUAGACAUCCAUGUUAUGACCAAUUGACAGUUGUCAAAAAGGGUGACUGCUGACCAGUGCCACAUGUCUGUAUCGCGGGCUCAAGUGUACAAGUCAUUGAGGUGGCGUACUCUUUUAAGUAAUCCACUGACCAGUUAUUGGUUCAAAUUGAUCGCAGGCUCAAUUACUUCCGGUGUUUUAUAUUAAUAGCGCUAAAAGGCAACAAACAACUUAUUAACCUUGUCCGUUCGGUCAUUACAGGGAUUUCCCUGUAAUGACCUCACUCUCAGUUAAUAACUUGUAUGUAAUGAAUUCAUCAUAAGAAUCUAUGGUGGAACACUUGACCUGGUUUGAUUAAUUGCAAUUUAGUAGAUGGAAGGUAAAAAGUGUACAGAAACUGCGUUAUCCCUGUUACCCUGUUCAAAGUAUCUGAUGACGUCACUGAGGUUCAGAUAAAACUGGUCAGAAAAUGAAGGUGGAGAGACACAAGAUUCUCUGCUUUGGCAAUGGCCCUUACGUUUGAUUACGUAGGAGGAGAAAAUUUCACCACCAAGAAUUUUUCCAAGAAAAGUUCUUUGCAUUUUCACUGAAUGAGUGUGAGCAUUAUUUUCAACUCUACUCCCACUGGAAUUCAUUUAUGCAAAAUUGUGCAACUUCAAAAUUUCAAAACGAGGAUUGGUGGUGAAAUUUACUCGUCUGACGUAAACAUGCAUAAGGACAAUUGUCGAGUAAGAUAGAAAUUCUUGAUAUCGGUUUUGAAUUGAGAAUUUAUUUACACACAAAGUAGUUUUAACUUAAUUUAACUCCUUACAGUGGAGUUAUUGUUUGGGGAGUUAUUUUAACUCCAAAAAGGAGUUUCAAGAACUCUUUUUCAGGAUUAAAAACGACCCCAGAUAUUGAGAAGUUGAAAUAACCCCAAAAAAGGAGUUAUCCUGUACCUAAAAUUUUUACUCCACUUUUAGAGUUAAAUUAACUCCAAAAAGAGUAAAAACAACCCAUGUAAGGAGUAAAAAUAACCCCAUUGUCGGAGUUAUUUUAACUCCAGACUGGGAGUAGAAAGAACUCUUUUUCAGGAGUAAAAAUGACCCCAAAUUUGGAGUUAAAUUAGGAGUUAAAGUAACCCCAAAAAAGGAGUUAUCCUGUACCUACAAUUUUUACUCCAUUUUUGGAGGUGUAAUAACUCCCUAAAAAUUAAGGUGUUUUGCCUCUAAUUUUAUUUUUGUUCGGCAAUGCUGCCAUUAUCGUAUAUCCUUGUAAUUUAAGGCGGUGAAACUUUCUUAUGAAGUAGCUUUGUUGUAUUUGAACCCAUUUGACAAUGAAGCCUACAACUGUCUAAACCAGCAAGCUUUCAAGUUUAUUUAUGUGUUUUAAAUGCAAAAAAAAGACAAUCAUUCUCCUGAUAGAAAUACAAUAAAUUCAGCUAACCGACUUUUACUUUUUUUAGGCACAGAUACUUCCACGUUUGCUGGGUUUAGAGCUUGCAGCUGUUUAAAAGGAUUUCAUCGUACCCAUCUUUUUGAAGGCUGCAAACAAUGCAAGGAAGAAGGAUUAGAAUGUGUGGAUGACCAUGUUAAGCUGAAAAAGGGUUUCUGGUGGAAAUGGGAGGAUCAGACCCACAAGCAAUUUUAUGAAUCAUUUACACGUAAUCUCUUAGAUUCAAGGAACUCUUCCUCGAAGAAUGCUUCCCUUAUCGAGUUCCCAUACACUGUUCCCACGCCGCACAAAUGUCCACAACAAGAAGCUUGCUAUGGCGGUUUCAAUUCUUCUUGCGCUGACGGCUAUCAAGGACCACUGUGUGAAAUUUGUAGUGAUGGCUAUUAUAAACAGUUUCAAACGUGCAAAAAGUGCCCAACGAAGAAAUGGAUGAUCGGACAACUGUCGAUCGUGGUGGCAGUUAUCCUGGUCAUUAUUUUAGUUAUCCUAUGGUCAAGUAAAAAGAAGCAAGAGAGUGAGAAAAAAAGAAGAUCCACAGUGGAUAUGCUACUUGGAAGGCUAAAAAUUGUCAUUGGCUUUUACCAGGUCACUGAUGGACUGUUACAGACAUUUUCGUAUAUCAAAUGGCCAGAUUCUCUUUCUGCCAUUGGAAAAUAUUCGGAGAUGGUACAGCUUAAUGUAUUUCAGAUUGCGCCUCUUCAUUGCAUCUUUCCUGAAAUAAAGGUUAAUGCUUUUAAGAGCUUGUUUGCAGUCCUUGCAAUGAAUGCCACAGCCAUCAUUGUGGCGAUUCUCAUUUACUGUUUACGAAAGCUUCUACUCGAACUGAGUGCUUCCUCCAAAGAAGAAAAUUUAAGGAAAUCUUCUCAAACGAAAGAGCUGAUUUUGCGAAAUCUGUUUUUCUUCCUGUACGUGACAUUUCUCAGUACCUGCUCCAACACAGCUAGUGUGCUUCCCCCAACUUGCCGUCUGCUUUGUUCGGACAAAACGAAAACCCACUGCCAAAAGUUUCUUAAGUCUGACUACAGUAUCGACUGUGAGAGUACAAACUACAGUCGAUCAGUCAUCGUUGCCUACAUUGCAGUCGCUUACAUACUAUUUCUUCCCACAGCAUCACUUAUAGCUCUCUGGAAAGCCCGAUUAACCGUUGCAAGUCAGAAUAAAAUGGAAGACGAGCACCAAAAUCCUGAUAUCGAAGUGAAAAGCAGCGAAGUCAGAACAGGCUUGCGAUUCCUUUUCGAAAACUACCACCCGCGCUCGUGGUACUGGGAACUGGUCGACACAGUACGAAAGGUGGUCCUCACGUCAGGUCUCAUCCUGGUUGAUGGUGAAAGCAGAGCAUAUGUCGGACUGGCUUGCGUCAUGUCAGGACUCUAUGGAAUGUUUUUUGCCUAUGUCAGCCCCAUUGUGGACCCAUUCGAGAACAGACUAAUGCUGAUAUCUCUUGCUGUGACCUUUGUAAACUUGGGAAUAGGAGCUGUGAGUAAAAUUAACAGCGAGAACAUUCCUGCCUCAGUCGAUCCAUAUGUGGAUAACAUCAUGUUCAAGGUACUGGUGUUUGGAGCAAAUUCUUUGGUAAUCGGUCUUCUCGUAGGUAAGUUAAGUGUAAAACUACUUCGGUUCUUAAUUUACCCUUCAAUAGUAUAAUAUUCAUCCCUGGGUAUUGUUGCUAAUUAUAGUAAGGUAUGGGGAACCAAUCUUACCUGGGAAAAGCCCAAGAUAGAUUGAAUUGAAUGUACUAGGUAAUCUGGAACCCGACUUACUCACUGAGUCGCCAAUCGCCCUUCGUGUCGGCAAAGUGAAGUGUACCAGUAUUUUCUAUUAUAAAAACUAAUUUGCAUGUCGUUAAUUAUUCUUCGGGGCUGAUAUUUACAAUUCAAAUGGAACGUGAACAGAAAGCCUAAGCAACCACGACGACGAAAACAACAACGUCAAAAAAAGAAAAAAAAAAGAACAGAAACGUUCUUGCCUACAUUUGACAAAUUUAGGGGAUCCAAAUAGGCGCGAUAAAGUUUGAAAGGACACAAAUCAAUUUUUUAGCGACGUUGUCACUGCCGUCGUCGUCGACUAGUCGUCGUUGCUUAAGCUCCCCAAUCACAAGUAGGGCGAUGCCAGCUCCAUGCUUGCUUUUGGUUUUCGGCCAAAAUUUAGUUCACGAUGUAAAUCGGUUAAGCUUCAACUGCCAUUCUAACUGUAAUUGUUAUAAGUAUUAAAGUAUGUAAGGAAGUAAGUAGGUAAGUGCGUAUGUAUGUAAGUACUGCUAUGUCAGUCAGUCAGUCAGUCAGUAAUCUAUAAGACUUGAACUUAGAGCUAAAAUAUUCGUAGAGAAUAGUAAGGACAGUACAAUAGAGGACUCCGCCUCAUAAAACGUCAAGUCAACGCGUACGUUUUAAGAAGGUGUUCUUGAAGGAGAGAGGUGACUUAAGACAGUCCUAAAUAUAUGUAACUAUGACUAUUGUUUCUUUGCAGUUCAGUAUAUUGUAUGCACCAGUCGCUUCAUAAAAGAAUGGCUCAAAGAACCCAAGUGGUCUUUCUCUUGCUGUCUGGCCUUGCUGCUGCCUCUGAAUGACCUGCAAGGGGAAGUACGUGGAUUUGCUGGAAGGAAUGUUUUUAAGAACCAACUGCAAACAGGAAAAGUGAACAUGCCGUCAAUUUCAUCCUCUUUCAAAGAUAGUGGUGCUGUUAACUUUAGUUUGGAAGAAGAUCAACCCGAUCUGACAGGUGAAAGGAAUUCUGAUCACAAGGAAACACCUGGAAACAAGAGCGAAAAACGAACCAAGACUCGAGUAAGCGCAAAAGAAUCCAUCUUUACCAAAAUUUCAGUUCAUGAAGUUCCAAAAAUGACAUACGAUACGUCUUUUUAA